GUUUUCUGGUAAUUUUCUUGAGAUAUCUACCCAGAAAUCGUAAAGAAUGGCAGAAGAGACAUCCGUGGAAGUAGCCCCAGCAGUAUCCCCAUCCGGGAAGAAGGCCAAGGCCCCCAAAAGUGCCGCCGCCAAGAAGCCUCGAGUGAAGCCAACGCACCCAAAGACUUCUGAAAUGGUCAACAAAGCCAUUAAGGAUCUGAAGGAGCGUGGUGGAUCAUCCCUGCAGGCCAUCAAGAAGUUUGUGGCAGCCAAUUACAAGGUUGAUGCUGAGAAAUUGGCCCCAUUCAUCAGACGCUACCUGAAAUCCGCCGUGACAAGUGGAGCUCUGGUCCAGACGAAAGGAAAGGGAGCCUCUGGCUCAUUCAAAUUGGCUGGAUCUGCAAAGGGCGAGAAGGCAGUGGCAAAGAAGCCCCGUGUGAAGAAAGCUUCUGGAGAGAAGAAAGUGAAGAAGGCUGCAUCGCCCAAGAAGAAGGCAACAGCUGCAGCCAAGAAGGCAGUCGCAGCGAAGAAGCCAAGUGGAGAGAAGAAGAAGGCAGCUGCACCAAAGAAAGCAGCAGCGAAGAAGUCUGCUCCCAAGCAAAAGUCCACGAAGGCAUCUUCAAAGUCGGCAGGAACAAAGCCAAAGGUUCCCAAGCCGAAGAAGACUGGAUCACCGAAGAAAGCUGCGCCAAAGAAGACAGCAGCCAAGAAGAAGUAACUUUCUUCAAAUCUCUUAUCGCAUCUCUUCCCACAUUGGGAAAAACCUCAGACAAACAGCCCUUUUUAGGGCUAUCAAUCAUCUAUAUAAAGAGUUUAGCAAAUCUUGAAUGUUUUUUAAAAACAAAACAAAUUUAAUUACUCGAAAAUAUUAACUUGAUUUAAAUU